UGUCGCUGUCGGUCACUCCUGUGACGUCCUUCCUGUCUCACCGUGUCAACACGUGUACGGUGUACAGUUUUAGCGCUGACGGGGAGAAACCAGCAGCUAAACUUCAGCUUUUUUAAGAAACCUUCCUGUGGUUUCUCUUUAUUUUUUAAUCCGGGGAAGGCUUUGCCUGAUAAACCGUCAAAAUGGUGAAGCCUAAGUUCAAGGGGAAAAGCUCCAUAAACCCGUCGUCGUCCAGCAGCAACCCUGAUCGACCCAAAGGUGCUGGUGGGAACAACAUGAGGGACCGAGCCACUAUUAAGCGUCUGAAUAUGUACAGACAAAAGCAGAGAUGUAAUGACCGUGGAAAAGUCAUCAAACCUUUGCAGUUCCAGUCCACGGUGGCUCCGGGUACUGUCGCCAGAGUUGAACCAAACAUCAAGUGGUUUGCAAACACCCGUGUGAUCAAGCAGUCCUCCCUUCAGAAGUUCCAAGAGGAGAUGGGAGCAGUACAGAAGGAUCCGUAUCGUGUGGUGAUGAGACAAAGCAAACUCCCAAUGUCCCUCUUGCAUGAUAGAGUCAAAGCCCAUAACUCCAAGGUGCACAUUCUAGACACGGAGGGUUUUGAGACCACAUUUGGGCCCAAGGCUCAGAGGAAGAGGCCCAGUCUCAUGGUGGGGGAUGUAAAGGACCUCCUAGAACAAGCCGAGGCCUCAUCCCAGAGCUACGAUGCAGACAAAGACAAAGACCUGGUGACUGAAGACACAGGGGUCCGGGAGGAAGUCCGUGAGGAAAUCUUCAAAAAGGGUCAGUCCAAGAGGAUCUGGGGAGAACUGUACAAGGUGAUCGACUCAUCUGACGUCGUCAUCCAAGUGCUGGAUGCCCGCGAUCCCAUGGGAACACGAUCGAAGAGCAUAGAGGCAUACAUGAAGAAGGAGAAAUCCUGGAAACAUCUGAUCUUUGUUCUAAACAAAUGUGACCUCAUUCCAACCUGGGUCACGAAACGGUGGGUAGCUGUUUUGUCUCAGGAGUACCCCACUCUGGCGUUCCAUGCCAGCCUCACCAACUCGUUUGGUAAGGGCUCCCUCAUCCAACUACUCAGGCAGUUUGGCAAGCUCCACACAGACAAGAAACAGAUAAGUGUGGGUUUCAUUGGCUACCCUAAUGUGGGAAAGAGCUCAGUCAUCAACACACUGCGGUCUAAGAAGGUCUGCAAUGUGGCACCCCUUGCCGGAGAAACAAAGGUGUGGCAGUACAUCACUUUGAUGAGGCGUAUCUUCCUCAUUGACUGUCCCGGUGUUGUCUACCCUUCAGAAGACAGUGAAUCUGAUAUUGUCUUAAAGGGAGUGGUUCAAGUAGAGAAGAUCAGGAACCCAGAGGAGCACAUUGGGGCAGUACUGGAGCGGGCCAAGCCAGAAUAUAUUCAGAAAACCUACCGCAUCCCCACUUGGAACUCUGCUGAAGACUUUCUUGAGAAGCUGGCAUUUCGCACUGGGAAACUUCUGAAGGGUGGUGAACCAGAUCUCUCCACAGUCUCUAAAAUGGUGUUGAAUGACUGGCAGAGAGGACGCAUCCCCUUCUUUGUAAAACCCCCUGGACCUGAAGGGGAUCAAGAGGAGAAGCAGCCAUCGGCAGUUGAAGGACCUUCAGAGGUGGUGGAGAACGCGCAGGAGGAACAGGCAGACAAUCCGGAUGCCAUCUCAGAGGAACAGCAGCAGAGAAAGAAGGAGCAGGUCCAGAAGAUUCUGGCUAAUGUGCGACAGAACUUUGGCAAGAUCUAUGUGGCACCUGAGUUCAAUGAGGAAGACUUGGUUCCUGUGGAGAUGCCUGACCUAGACAUGUCUGACUUCUCGGGCUCCGAUGGCGAGGAAGAGAGCGAAGAAGAGGAAGGUGGAGAGGGCGGAGAGGAAGACGGGACCAGUGUUGAACCAGCCGAUGGAGAAACUGAGGAAUCUGAACCCAUGACUGCACAGACUGGCAAGGCAAACAACAGCAAGAGUUCGCGCGAGGUGAUUCGUGAGCUGGAUGAGAAGAUCUCCAAGUACAAGCAGUUCCUAGACCGGGCCAAAUCCAAACGCUUCUCUGCAAUCCGGAUACCCAAGGCGCUUUCUGACAAAGCACUCACAGACAUCAAGACUAAACAAGCGGCAGCAGCAGCGGCUAAGCAAGCACAGAAAAAAGCUGCAAACCAGAGGGGCAAGAAGAGGAAAACUGAGGAGGACGAGUCCACACAGGCGAGCAGACUGACGUCUAAACAGAGAAGAGCCAUGGACCGUGCUCAGAAGGCGAAGAAAGUUGGUGUACGCUAUUACGAAACGCACAAUGUGAAAAACAAGAACAAGAACAGAAAGACCCCAGCAUCAGCUACAGAAGGCCACAGGGCCAAACGAUCAAAGCACUAGUCUGCAGCUGUAAAGCAUAACACAUAUAAUAAAACUUAAUUUAAAAUAGGCAAAAGGGUUUUAUUGGAUAAGUGGAGUCGACAAAAAAAGGUGGAAUGCUAAAGAAGUGUUAAAUGGUUUGUUGAGUGGCCACUUGAUGCCUUAUCUUGACCAUGCCUUAUCAACCCAGAACUGUUUUUGAAUGACAUUUCAUUCAUCAUUUACAGGUGUAAUGCUCUCUUGAUGUUCAAGAGAAAUGUACAGUAAUUGUUCAAACUGUACUUGUCAUGCUGUUAAACAAUAAAAAAAAACAUUUGCUAAUUACAGCCUUA